AUGGACCCCCGCCCGCUCCCCUGGGCACUGGUGCUGCUGGGCCCGGUCCUGGCACUGGCGUUGGACCACCAGUCUGCCCCGGAGGCGCCAGAGAAGCUAUGUGGCCACCACUUCGUGCGCGCCCUGGUGCGCGUGUGCGGGGGUCCGCGCUGGUCCCUCGAGGGCGGGCGGCUCGUGGCUGGUAGCAACCGUGAGCUGCUGCAAUGGCCGGAAGGACAACAUCUCCUCCAUGGGCUGGUGGAUGACAGGGACCCCAUGGUGGUACUUGCCCCACAGCCCCUGCUCCAGGCCUCUCAACAUCACCACCAUCGCAGGGCAGCUGCUGUCAACCCUGCCCGCCACUGCUGCCUCAGUGGCUGCACCCGGCAGGACCUGCUGACCCUCUGUCCCCACUGA